AUGCCUCCAGAAAGGAUGGCUAAGCAGCUUUUCCUUGCAAACCUGGCCGGCAAAAGGCCGCGGGGACGGCCAAGAUUAACCUGGUGCAAACAUAUGUACGGCGUCUUUUCCAGGCUCUAUUUGUCUGGAUCGGGAACGCUGGAAGCUCACUCUGACGUGUCUGCCUUCGCGACCCGAAAGGAGAAGCGGCGAUGGAAGAUGAAGGUGAAGAUCAGCGGUGAUGUUAGUAAAUAA